CAACAAUAAAAUAGAUCCAACAAACCCGAGGAAUCUUUUACUCAUUCGUUCUCCACUUCCAUUGCCCAUCAUACUUUCCUGAUCAUUUCUCUCAUCUCACCCUCGUACCCUUCCUUUUUUUUGAGUUUGAGCCCCACAAAAUGUUUGCGCCCAGGCCAGGUGUGCUCAGAGGCGUGGUUUCUGCCCUGAACACGGCCUCGUAUCUGGCAAGUCUUCCUGAGGAGGGCAAGGGACCUUGGGACAAUGCCAAAGACACUCAGGAACACUACGAUUACAUUGUUCUUGGAGGUGGGAGCGCUGGAUGCGUGAUGGCAAGUCGAUUGGCAGAAGAUCCCAAAGUCAAGGUCCUCGUUCUGGAAGCAGGUUACUCGGAUGAGAUUAUGUCCUCUCGGACACCGGCCGUCUUUAUCCUCAACGUCGACAGUGCAACAGACUGGCAGUUCAAGACCACGCCACAGACGCAUGCGGAAGGAAGGGUCAUGAAGCAGCCUCGAGGGAAGCUACUUGGAGGGACCAGCUCCAUCAAUGCCAUGAUGUAUCACCGUGGACCGGCUUCGGACUACGACGAAUGGGACUCUCUUGGUAAUCCAGGCUGGUCCUACAAAGAGUGUCUGCCGUAUUUCAAAAAGUCGGAGGGGUUCAGCGACCCCAAUCUGCCGAUCUCGCAUCCCAAGGGGCCAUUGACGAAAAGGGUCAGGAAAUCGCAAUACGAGACUCACGAUCCAGAGUACCAUGGCACGGAGGGACCCUGGCAAGUGACCUUUCAUCAUCUCUACAGCGGAUCUGAAGGAUUCAUUCGGGCGAAUAUUGCGGAAGGUAUACAAUUUAAUAAGGACUUUAAUGGAGAAUCGACGUUGGGCGUCAACAGAAUUCAGACAUUUAUCCAGCGUAAUGCGGUUCGAAGCUCGUUGUCAAGGGCAUUCUUGAAAUCCAAGGACAUUGUGCCUGGAGGUGGUGCGCGAGGCAAGAUCAGGGUUGUGUAUGGAGCGGACAUCAGGCGAAUUCUAGUCCAGAUGAAAAAGGGCGUCAAGAUGGCCUACGGUGUUGAGUUUGUGGAUCACAAGAAAGUUCCACGACGCGUCGUGGCGGCUAGAGAGGUAUUACUCUGCGCUGGCGCGUUCGGCUCUCCACACAUUUUACUCGCGUCCGGAAUCGGUCCUUCACCUCAACCCUCCAUCCCACAUGUCCACAUGCUCCCAGGUGUCGGAGCCAACCUUGCAGACCAUCUAGGGCUUGGCGUGGUCUUUAGGGCUCGCAACCGCUCCCAUGGCGGGCAUCAAGAGCUUGCCCUCGCUCGAUCGAUUAUCUCGCUUCUUGACUAUAAUUUGCGCGGUGUGGGAUCGUUGUCCAGCCAGGUCGGCGAGGCUGUGAACUUUGUCCGACUCGAAGAGAUCGCUCCGGAUUUUGUGGCACGCGAGAAGGCCAAUGGGACGUACAGGGAGCGAGCGAGCGGACCUCACUCUCCUCAUAUCGAGAUCAUCUUUGCACCGUACUUUAUGCGACAACACGGAACUAUCAUGCCUGCGGACUCGAAGAGCUAUUAUACCUUGAUCGCAUUGCUGCUCAAUCCCUGUUCCGCGGGCACUGUCACCAUUAAAGCCAAGAAGAGCGAUAGUCCUAGCGAUGGCGGUCCGCCAGAAUUCGAGACCGUUAUCGAUCCCAACUACUUCUCAGACGCGUUUGAUGUUCGUGUGAUGGUGGAGGCGGUCAAGUUCAUGAGAAAAUUGGGACGCAGGAUGAAUCAGGACCUCGAGCUCGGAGGACGGGAGGUCUUUCCGGGUGAGCUGGCGGUUCCGAACCAUGAUGAUGAGAAGCUGCAGAGAUUUGUCCGCAAUUCGGCAGAGACGUACUAUCACCCAACAUCGACCUGUCGCAUGGGCCCAACGUCGGAUCCGCUGGCGGUUGUGGAUAGUCGGUUGAACGUCUAUGGCGUGGAUCGGCUGAGGGUUAUUGAUGCAAGUGUGAUGCCUAAACUGCCGGCGGCGCAUACGUGCGCGCCGACGGUUAUGAUCGCAGAGAGGGCGAGUGAUUUCAUCAAAGAGGAUUGGGAAGAUCCCUCGGUCAGGAAGGGAGAACCCACCAUGGCGAAGUUGUAGAAAACUCUCAAUAAAAAAAA